AUGGUUGUCCUCGCGAUCUCUGUUUGCACAAAGAGCGGCAAAGCGCUCAUCUCGCGUCAGUUUAGAGAGAUGACACGGGCUAGAAUUGAAGGCCUGAUCGCCUCGUUCCCAAAGCUGACCAGCAGCGGCCAGCAGCACACCACUAUCGAGACCGACCAUGUCCGCUAUGUUUACCAACCCUUGGAGGAGCUGUUCAUUGUCCUUAUCACCAACAAGCAGUCCAACAUCUUGCAAGACAUCGACACUCUUCAAUUGGUCUCCCGAGUUGUUUCUUCGACCUGCAGACCUACUGACGCUCGUGAGAUUGACAGGAACGCGUUCGAGUUGCUGAGCUCCUUUGACGAGAUCAUUUCGCUUGGAUACAGAGAAAACGUCAAUUUGGCUCAGGUCGGCAGCAUCUCCGAGAUGGACAGUCAUGAGGAAAAGAUCCAGGAGAUGAUCGAAAAGAACAAGGAGCGCGAGGCAAAGGAGGAGCUCAAGAGGAGAGCCAAGAUCUUGGACUUGCAGAGAAAGGAGCAGAGAAAGAACACUGGAGGCAUGGGAGGCGGAUAUGGACAGGGCGGUAUGGGCGGCGGUAUGGGCGGCGGUGGCUACGGCCAGAGCAGCAUGGGUUUCGGAGGACAGUCCGGCGGCAUGGGCGGCAUGGGUGGCAUGGGCAACAGCAACGGCAACCAGGGCUACAAUUCGCCAUCUCCUUCCAUGGAUGACAACUCUUCCAAGUUCAACAACCCUGCUCCUAAGGCACCUGCGACAAAGGCCAGAGGAAUGCAGUUGGGACGCAAGCAGAACAACAACGACUUGUUUGAAUCGCUUCGUUCGGAGGUCGAGGCCGCACCUGCUCCUCAGCAGUACCAACAGCAAGCACCCGCUCAGAGCAGCUACUCUGCGCCCGCAGAGCCUGCCUUCCCCAUGGAGAGCGUGCAUGUUCAGAUCGAAGAAAAGAUUACAAUGAUCGCCAACCGGGACGGCGGUCUGGAAAGCAUGGAGGUCAAGGGAGACUUGAUGCUCCGUGUCUCGGAUCCUUCUCGCGCCAAGAUCAGCCUUGCUCUUCGCCAUCUCGAGGACCCCAACAUCCAAUUCAAGACCCAUCCAAAUGUCAACAAGGUUCUUUUCAACACCGAAAAGACCAUCGCCUUCAGAGAUUCCACAAAAGAGUUCCCAUUGAACACGCCAACAGGAGUAUUACGUUGGAGAUUCAUCAGCAAGGACGAGAGCUCUAUUCCUCUUUCCAUCAACUGCUGGCCCUCCCCCGCUGGUGAUGGAUCGAGCGAUGUCAACAUCGAGUACCAAUUGGAGAACGAAGAGAUGGAGUUCAAGAACGUCAACAUUAUCAUCCCUCUCCCACACGGAGCAACCCCCACUGUGGGCGAGGUGGAUGGCGAAUAUGUUGUAGACCAUCAGCAGGGCGUUUUGAUUUGGCAGUUGCCCUCUAUUGAUUCUUCCAACGCAUCUGGAUCUUUGGAGUUUAACUGCGAGGGCGAGGAUACCGAGACCUUCUUCCCCGUCUCUGUUCAAUUCGAGAGCGAGCGUCUCAUCUGCGAUGUCGAUGUUAUUGCCGUUACGCAAGUGGCUGAUGGAUCAAGCGUUCCAUUCUCAAAACAGAGUGUUCUUACGCCAGCUGAGUACACUGUCGUGUAA